AUGUCCAACCACCACAACAACAGCUCCUCCAACAACCACCACAACAACAGCUCCUCCAACAACCACCACAACAACAGCUCCUCCAACAACCACUACAACAACAGCUUCUCCAACAACCAUCAAAACAGCUCCUCCAACAACCACCACAACAGCUCCUCCAACAAAAACCACAACAACAGCUCCUCCAACAACCACCACAACAACAGCUCCUCCAACAACCACCAUAACUACAGCUCCUCCAACAACAACCACAACAACAGCUCCUCCAACAACAACCACAACAACAGCUCCUCCAACAACAACCACAACAGCUCCUCCAACCACCACAACUACAGCUCCUCCAACAACAACCACAACAACAGCUCCUCCAACAACCACAACAGCUCCUCCGACAACAACCACGACAACAGCUCCUCCAACAACCACCACAACAACAGCUCCUCCAACAACAACCACAACAACAGCUCCUCCAACAACCACAACAACUACAGCUCCUCCAACAACAACAACCACAAAAACAGCUCCUCCAACAACAACCACAACAACAGCUCCUCAAACAACAACCACAACAACAGCUCCUCCAACAACCACAACAACAACAGCUCCUCCAACCACCACAACUACAGCUCCUCCAACAACCACAACAACAACAGCUACUCCAACAACCACAACAGCUCCUCCAACAACCACCACAACAACAGCUCCUCCAACCACCACAACUACAGCUCCUCCAACAACAACCACAACAACAGCUCCUCCAACAACCACAACAACUACAGCUCCUCCAACAACAACCACAACAACAGCUCCUCCAACAACCACAACAACAACAGCUCCUCCAACAACGACAACAGCUCCUCCAACAACCACACCAACAGCUCCUCCGACAACCACAAAAACAGCUCCUCCAACAACCACAAUAACAGCUCCUCCAAAAACCACCACAACAGCUCCUCAAACAACCUUCACAACAACAGCUCCUCCCACAACCACAAAAACGACAGCCCCUCCAACAACAACCACCACCACAACAACAGCUCCUCCAACAACUGCCACAACAACAGCUUAUCCAACAACCACCACAUCAGCUCCUCCAACAACCACUACAACAACAGCUCCUCCAACAAAAACUACAACAGCUCCUCCAACAACCACAACAACAACAGCUUCUCUAACAACCACCAAAACAACAGCUUCUCUAACAACCACCAAAACAACAGCUCCUCCAAUAACCACCACAACAGCUCCUCCAACCACCACAACAACAGCUCCUCCAACAACUGCCACAACAACAGCUUAUCCAACAACCACCACAUCAGCUCCUCCAAUAACCACCACAACAGCUCCUUCAACAACCACCACAACAACGGCUCCUCCAACAACCACCACAACAACGGCUCCUCCAACAACCACCACAACAACAGUUCCUCCAACAACCAUAACAACAGCCCCUAUAACAAUAACCACAAAAAUCCUCUCUCUGCCAACUACAGUCACCACAAGUACCACUCCUUUGCCAGUAUCAAAUAG